AUGUCAUCAGCUUUAAAAGAAAAGAUUUUUAUCGAAACAAAUAAUUCCAAAUAUUGUUUUCAAGGUUAUCCAUCGGAAUUAUCAGUUAAUUCAUUUAUUGAACAAAAAUCUUUUCAAAAAAAGUCUUCUUUACUUUAUGAUCAAAUGUUUACAAAGAAAACUGAUUUUAAUCCAAGAGCACAUCGAGAUGAUCGACAACAUUCCAAAUUUCAAGGAUUAAAUCAAGCUAAACAGAAGGCAAACUCCAAUUCUCCCUCUCCAUCGUACGACACCGUCCUUCCAUCUAUUUCCCAACCCCGGGCACGAUCUGCAGUUCGAGGUGGCUGUACAACAACAGCCUGUUCUACCUCGACUGCCAGAUCGUGUUGCUCAACAAUCCCGAUCCGUUCCCAGGAAUACCCAGGUUAUUAUGGCACGGUCGGUUCCGGCCGGUUAGGUACGUUUUCCGACCGUUUCCUGCAAACUUCGAGCUGGAAACGGUCAGGAAUUGAUCGGAUAUUUCCUGUGCAAUUCCAGUCGGAAUCCGGCGGCAAGGAACCUGCCGGACCUUGCUGGAAUCGGCGAAAAGUGUGCCGGAAUCGUGAAGAGCUGUACCGGAACAGACUCAGAUUUCAACGGAUCCAGUCGCCGGAAUGA